AUGGUUUUUGAAAAAUGUGACUGCAAUACUUCUGCAAGCACCGUAACAGAAAAUGUUGCCACCUCACUACCACCUAUACCUGCGGCUCCAAAGCCUCCUCUUGCUUCUCAACUGCUUGGCGAACCCCCGUUUGAGACGAUUGGCUUGGGUGGCUGGUCUCCUGUGGGCCUGCUACAAAAUGCCUUCGAAUAUAUGCACAUCAGUAUGGAUCUACCUUGGUGGCAGUGCGUAGUUCUUGGUACAGUUAUUGUUAGGGUGUUGUUGACACCUGUAGUCAUUCUAUCUCAACGAAAUUCCGUGGUUAUGGCCAACAAUACUCCUGAAAUGAAAAAAAUUCAGACAAAACUUUCUGAUGCGAAGGCCAGAGGAGAUUUCAUGGAAGCUGCUCAAUACUCGAAUGAAUUAUACAUGUUCAUGAAAGAGAAAAACCUCAAUCCUAUGAAAAACCUGUUGGUUCCUCUGGCUCAGGCUCCAAUAUUCCUAUCAUUCUUCUUGAGUCUUCGUGAGAUGGCUAAUUUACCAGUGAAAAGUUUACACAAUGGCGGAUUGUACUGGUUCACUGACCUCACUGUUCCAGACCAGUAUUACCUUCUGCCUGCACUGACAUGUAUCACUCUUUUUGCAAAUAUUGAGAUCGGAGCUAGUGGAAAAAUUACCGGUCCAAAUUCGCACUUGUUGAAGUAUUUUAUGAGGGGAAUUCCUGUUGUUAUAUUUCCAUUCAUCAUGAAUUUUCCUGGGGUAUUGCAUUUAUAUUGGCUAUCAUCUAAUACGAUCUCUUUACUACAAACUUCAAUGAUCAGGUAUGUUCCAUCGGUCAAAAGGCUAUGCAAAAUUCCUGAUACGAAAAAAAUUGUGAAUGUGAAUGAAGAAAAGAAACCUGUAAUCACCGCUGUGAAGGAUUGUAAGUAUUUUUGUAAUAGAAGCUUAGAUAAAGUUACUGUAACCUUUUAUUUUUAUAUUCAGGACUUAAUCUGCAAUGGAGUUCGUUAUUUAAUAAGGUAAAAUUGUUAGUUCUUA